AUUCCUUCCUCUUCUUCACAAGCCUCUUUCCCUUAUUUACUGAGCCUCCCUUUCAAUCUCUAGCAUCUCUCUGUAGCUACAGCACCCAGCUGCCUUUUCUCAGGUAGUUAACACAAUAACAUAGUACCCUAAAAAACCAUAUUAUACCAUUUACAUUAAAGAAAACCACUAUCAUGGUCUUCCAAAUGGUGCUUCUCAAGCUUGCAGACUGGAUCCUGUACCAGCUCCUGGCUAACUCAUGUUACAGGGCUGCUAGGAAGAUGAGGAGUUACGGGUUCUUUUUGAAAAACCAAUCUCUAAAAUCAUCACAGCAACAAGCUCCUUCGUUCUCUAAUGUGUUCAAGUGUGGUUUGGAAAACAGGGGCUCUGAUAUUUUGGUGUGUGACAUUCAUGGGGGCUUAUUAAGAACAGAAUCUUUGUUUCCUUAUUUCAUGCUAGUUGCUUUCGAAGGAGGUAGCAUACUUAGAGCAUUUUUGUUGCUGUUAUCAUGUCCUAUUUUGUGGGUUUUAGACUAUGAGCUUAAGUUGAGGGCCAUGAUAUUUAUCACCUUUUGUGGGCUUAGGUUGAAGGAUAUGGAGAAUGUUAGUAGAGCUGUUUUACCUAAGUUUUAUCUUGAGAAUCUUCAUCUCAAGGCUUUUGAGGUGUUAGCUUCAACUGGGUCCAGGUUUGCUUUUACGAGUGUCCCUAGAGUCAUGGUCGAAGGAUUUCUCAAGGAAUAUUUGCUGUUUGACAAUGUGACAGGGACUGAAUUGCACACUAUUGGGCACUACUUUACCGGUUUGGUGUCUGAUUCUGGUUUAGUUUUGAAACACAGAGCCCUAAAGGAUUACUUCGGAGACAAGAAGCCUGACAUAGGCCUUGGAAGUUCAAGCCUCCAUGACCACCUUUUCAUAUCGCUUUGCAAGGAAGCUUACGUGGUGAGCAGGGAAGAUGGCAAGAGCGGUACAAGUUCGGUAAUGCCAAGGGACAAGUACCCUAAACCUCUUGUAUUUCAUGACGGAAGGCUAGCUUUCUUGCCCACUCCGUUGGCUACUCUUUCAAUGUUUAUGUGGCUCCCAAUAGGAGUAUUUCUCGCCUUCUUUAGACUCUUUGUAGGCAUUCACCUUCCUUAUAAAUUAGCAUUAUGUUUGGGCAUUUGGAGUGGUGUGGACCUAAGAGUCAAAGGGUGCAGCCCUUCAAGGUCAGGUCACAGAAAAGGGAUACUCUAUGUUUGCACCCAUCGAACACUAUUGGACCCGGUUUUUCUCAGCACAUCUUUAGGUCAGCCACUGACUGCUGUCACGUACAGCUUGAGCAGGAUGUCAGAAUUAAUUGCCCCUAUUAAAACGGUGAGGUUGACAAGGGAGAGAAAACAAGAUGGUAGGACAAUGCAAAGAUUGCUAAGUGAAGGUGACUUAGUGGUAUGCCCUGAAGGAACCACAUGUAGAGAGCCAUAUUUGUUGAGGUUUAGUUCUCUGUUUGCCGAGCUAGCUAAUGAGAUAGUCCCUGUGGCCAUGAACACUCGUGUAAGCAUGUUCUAUGGAACAACUGCAAGUGGGCUAAAAUGCUUGGAUCCCAUUUUCUUUUUGAUGAACCCUAGACCCAGCUACCACAUUCAGAUUCUUGAGAAGUUGCCUAGAGAGCUCACAUGUGCUGGGGGGAGAUCAAGUUGUGAAGUUGCAAACUACAUACAAAGAAAAUUGGCUGAUACUUUAGGAUUUGAGUGCACUACUCUUACAAGGAAGGACAAGUACAUGAUGCUCGCAGGAAAUGAAGGAAUUGUCCAGGAUAAUAGAGAGAAAUCCCAGUAAAUUGGCAAAUAAUCAUGUAUCUAAUUAGACUUUCCAAUUUCUUUUUAAUUACUAAAACCUUCUUCCAGGGCAUGGAUAUUUUUGUUGUGUUACUGUUAAGUUGAUUAUUUUUGCUUAUGCAGAACAAUAUAUAUAAAAAA